UUGACAAAAGUUGAAAGAUGAACCAAAUUUUAACAAAAAAUCUUCAUGACGGCAGUGAAAGGCAAGGGAUCAGAGCCCCAAUUCGGUUACAGGGAGAUGAAUCCAAGAUGGGCGAUCUGAAUCUGGACAACCGAAAUAGCUUCCCGUUGCUGAAAGAAAAUCGACUCCCUAAUGAAGAUCCGUUAGUGAAGAUGUCGGCGUUGAGGAAGGAGGCGAAUUCUAUGGUGAUGAGAUCUUCAGAUCGGCAACUGAUGGAUAGAUCCAAGCUUGAAGUGACCCCUUUUCUGGUGGAUGAUCUGGUAGAGAAAGAACCGAUGGGGAUGAUACCGCCGAUGGAGACGAUGAAGUCCUUACCGGUGGAGAGAUUUCCAGUUAGGCAAAAGGAUCGAUCCACCUUUGAUGCGAGAUCUGCGCAUGAGAGUGGCCGUUUGGAGAGGGAUGAUCGGCCCCCUGUUGCUGGUUCGAAUCGCAUGGAAGAAGGCAGGCGUGGCAGAGACGGACCACGCUUUGAAAAGGGCGGGUCGGGCAGACCCAGGUCCAAAGACCCACGUGAUUUGGCCCAGAUUCACUGGCCCAAUAACCAUUUAAAUGAUCAAAGUUACAAAAAUAAGCUCAGGCCCAAUAUUACUUCUCAAGCUCAUUCUUUCCUCCAACAGGGACCAAUUAAUAGGAGCCACUCGAGGCCUCCUGUGCAACCAAUUAAUUCUUGGGCAGAUGUUAUUGAAUGUCAUAUCCAACGGGUUCCUACGCGGUUGGAAUAUUUUCCACCAUCAGAUGGAGAUUGUAGCAGAAACGAGGAUGGAUGAGGCAUAAAAUAGCAUUUAGCAAAGUGCAUGAUAAGUUGAAUGUAUGUUAUGUAGCUCAUGUAUUUAAGUUCUGCUACUUUGAAUUCUGAACGUUUUGAG